AUGGAGAUCUCCUUGCGAAUGAGUCCGAAGAUUGCUACAGUAGUACUGGUACCAAAGCUACAGAAAACAAGAUCAUCCAGGAGAAAAGCUUAUCAUGAGUUCAACAAUAUAUCGUGUAGAUCUAAUGAGGUGGCCAUGCAAAAAAGGGACAUCACCAACUUUUAUGAAGUUCUUUCCCUUGGUUCUGAUCAUCGGAACGUUAGCUUCGAUGAGAUAAAGAAGGCCUACAGAAACUUAGCUCUCCAAUGCCACCCCGAUGUUUGUCCUGUUCCAUCGGCAAAACAAGAGUCCACCAAACGAUUUGUUGAGCUUAGGAAGGCUUACGAGACACUUUCUGAUCCAAUUUCGCGUCAGAUGUAUGAUUACGAGUUGGCUUUAGUCAAGACAAUUACGUGGUCUGAAAUCGGGGGUGUUUCUGCCGAGGAAAAUAGGAAUUACUCAUCCCGAUUUUCCAAGGAAGUCUGGGAAAAACAGCUCUCUGGACUAAAGAAGAGGUCUCAGAUCCGAAUGGAGAUCAGGACGAAGAAAUAUGCAGGACAUGAGAUGUAG